UUAAAUUUUGGUAUUUUUUGAAGUGCAUCUUGCGGCCUCUCGAAAGUGCUUAUUAUCAAUUAUAAUUUGGAAGUUUAUUUUCACAGACUGGUUUGAGACCGCAACAAAUAAUGGCUGAACCUAUUCGCAUUGUGGUUACUGGCGCUGCCGGUCAAAUCGCCUACUCUUUGCUCUACAUGAUCGCUAGAGGCGAAGUGUUCGGCAAGGACCAGCCAUUGAUCCUUCACUUGCUGGACAUUCCACCCAUGGUUGGUGUGCUUGAGGGCGUUGUCAUGGAGUUGGCCGAUUGUGCCUUGCCACUGUUGCGCGAAGUUGUGCCCACAACUGAUCCCCUGGUGGGCUUCAAGGAUGUUUCGGCCGCUUUCCUGGUCGGUGCCAUGCCACGCAAGGAGGGCAUGGAACGCAAGGACUUGCUGUCUGCCAACGUGAAGAUCUUCAAGGUGCAAGGUGAAGCCUUAGACAAGGUGGCCAAGAAGGAUGUGAAAGUCCUUGUAGUUGGCAAUCCUGCCAACACCAACGCCUUAGUGUGCGCCAACUACGCACCAUCAAUUCCACGUGAGAACUUCUCGGCGAUGACUCGCCUGGAUCAGAAUCGCGCCGCUUCGCAGAUUGCCAACAAGUUGGGCGUCUCCAUCAACGAAGUGAACAACAUCAUCAUCUGGGGCAAUCAUUCCUCGACGCAAUACCCGGAUGCUGCCCAGGGCAAGGUUCUUGUUAAAGGCGAAUGGAAAUCAAUUGCUGAGGCCGUUAACAAUGAUGCUUAUCUGCAAGGUCAAUUCAUUGAGACGGUGCAGAAGCGUGGCGCUGCUGUGAUUGGUGCUCGCAAAAUGUCGUCAGCAAUGUCGGCGGCAAAGGCUGCUUGCGAUCAUAUGCAUGAUUGGUGGAACGGCACCGCACCGGGCAAAUUUGUGUCAAUGGGUGUGUUCUCUGAUGGCAGCUAUGGGUCGCCAAAGGAUGUGGUCUUCUCAUUCCCUGUGGAAAUUAAGAACAAACAAUGGAAAAUCGUCGAGGGCUUGGCCAUUAGUGAGUUUGGCAAGUCGAAAUUGAAUAUUACCAGCAAGGAGUUGGAGGAAGAGAAGAAUGAGGCCUUGUCCGUGUUGGAUUCGAAUUGACUAGCCGGCUCAGGGGACUCCAAAUUGUGAGGAUUGUGAGGCGUUAAUCCUAGUUGCACAUUUUGAAGUAGGCUUUUAAAACACACCCCCAACUUUUAUUUUUGUUAGAAAUGCAUUUAUGAAAAACAAACAUUUCACACAUGGCAAUAAUCUUUUGUAUAUAAUAUUAAUAAAAACGUAGUUUCAAACAGUA